AUGAUCUCAGUCCUCGUCCUCGGUGUGGUCAGCCUGUCGUUGUCAGUCGGGCUCGGGGCAGCCAGCGAGAGCUGCUACUGGAACCGGCCAUGCCCCAACCUGCUGCACUCCACCAAAACUACCUACGAAACUGUCCGCGGAGAUAUAAGGGACUAUCCUGACCCUGAAUCAUGUGAAGCCGUCAGCAUCUGGACGCUGCACCGGCACGGCAACCGCAACCCGGGCUCCUCCUCCGUCGACAUGAAGCGGCUCAUCGACGCCGUCCAGGGGCAGAUCAUUCAGGCUUUCGAGGACGGCCUCAGCCAGCUCUGUGCUCAGGAUAUGGAAGCAUUCCGCAAGUGGACUUUCAACGAUACGAUCUUGGAGGCGCCUUCAUACCUGACGGGCACUGGCUACGAGGAGCUGUUCGACAUCGCCAAGCGGCUGCGGCAGCGCUACCCGCACCUGAUGCAGGGCGCUGCCGAGGACUACUACCUCCGGCCGACCGACUCGCAGCGCACCGUCGCCAGCGUCAUGGGCUUCGUGCACGGCCUCACCGACGAAACAAACCUUAACAUCACCUUCGACGGGCCUUUUGAGAGGGAUGACAUGAUUAGGCCAUAUGAAAACUGCGAGAGAUAUCAGCAGGAUGUGAGAGGUGGCGCUUUACUUGAGGAGCAAUUGGAAGAAUACGAAAAAACUGACGAAUACGUAGCCGUCCAGAAAGCCGUUCAAGAGCGGCUGGGCAUCACGUACCAGCUGAGUGCCUCGGACGUGUACACGCUGUACGAGAUCUGCCGCUACCACCGCACGUGGACGCCGACCCUGCAGGACGCAUGGUGCGCCGUCUUCUCCGACCAGGACCUCGUGGUGCUGGAGUACCGCGACGACGUCAGACAUUACUACAGGAACGGCUACGGCUCGUGGGUGAAUCAGCGCCUGGCCGGGCCGCUGCUGAAGGACCUGCGCGAGCGCAUGCAGGCGGCGGCGCGCGACGAGGGCCACAAGCUCGUGUCGUACUUCUCGCACAACGCCAUGACGGAAAUGGCGUUCGUGGCGCUCGGGCUGUUCCGCGACGCCGCGGCCGCCACCGGCGCCAGGAGGGACCCCGCCCGCAGGUGGCGCACCAGCUUCAUCGCCGCCUUCUCCACCAACAUGAUGGUCAUUCUCAAUAGAUGCACGGAAUCCGGGACACAAACUCACCGAGUCCAGUUUUUCAUCAACGAGAAGCCGACGGAGCUGUGCCCGCUGGCGGGGUGCUCCUGGCAGCAGUUCGAGCAGCUGGUGCAGGACUUCGACGACGACCUGGAGUUCUGCAGCCCCGACUACCCGGAGCCCGAGACGCCGGCGGCGCCCGGCGCCGCCGCGCGGGGCCUCGUCGCGCCCGCCCUGCUCGCCCUGCUAGCGACACUCGUGAUCUCUAUGUGACAUAGAGGUUUAUGAUUACCUAUUAAUGUUUUAUGAUUACCUACUAUGUUUGUGAUAUGUAGGAUACGAUUAUACAUAUUUAAGAAGUAGAUUUAAGAAAAAAGUAAAACCUUUACACUUUGUUAAGCCUUAUUUAUAGGUUAAGUAAACAUGUUGUGAAUUUAAAACACGAUGGCCUUUGAUCCAAUAUUCUGCCUGAUUUAUAUGUUUGACUGGCUCUGUGUCACUACAGUGGCGAUCUAGUACGAUAAUAGUAUUUUAUACAAUCGUGAUUUAAUAGAGAGCUUUUCAGUCGAAUACUGUGCUUAGGAACACAGCUUGCUGAGUUGCCUAAGUAAGGUACGAGAUUGAAAAGCUUGAUUAUAUCACUAUUGUAUACAAUACUUUUUCUACGAGUCAACAAAAAUAAUACUUUAAACUAGUAGAAUCAUAUAGGUAAACAAACCAAAACCUUCAUACUCAUAAGCUCCCCGGCCGCUCUCAUGAGGCCCUGGUUACUUCAUCAUCAUCAUCAUCAUCUCAGCCAUAAGACGUCCUCUGCUGAACAUAGGCCUCCCCCUUUUUUGGGGGGUGAAUGGCAUAAUUGCCACGCUUGGCAGGCGGGUUGGCGAUCGCAGUCGAGUACACCGAUUUUGAGGGACGCUGCUGCCCAUCCACCGGUGGUCUUGGACGUGGUUUAAGGACAUACCCGGGUCCUGGACGCAGUUUAAGGACAUACCCGGGUCCACCCGGUUACUUGCUCCUCGCUAAAUGAAAUUUUUACACAGUUUUGUUCUCGGUUUUAGCCACCGUAGCCUAUGGAGACUAACAAGUAACGCUAAGCGGUUUUCGAAGUCUAUGAAUGUUCCUAUAUUAAGGGUGUCACAUGCGCGUUUCUGACUUAUGAAGCAAUUGUUCCUACAAUACAACCUAAAAUAAAUAAUUAAUUUGAGCUAUGGUUUAUUUGUUUCGUCGUCUUGACCGCGGCGAGCGGUGAUUGGUCAAUUUCAUUAUAAUAGUUGACUAAACUGUAUCUAAAUGAAUAUUAUAGUUGAGUUGGGAGCCCAUACAUUAAAAGUACCCAAAUGCAGUUUGGUAUACGAAAUCUUAAUUCAAGAAUUACAGUCGACGAGUAGAAAAUAGUUAUUUGUUUUACAUGGGGGCAAAGUUGUUGUUUAACCGCUCGUGCUAAUAUUGAUAUCCGAGCAAGCGAAAGAUGGAAUCUUGAGCGUUGCGAGGGUUUCAAAGCACGAGGGUUAAACAAAAUUUGCUCCCGAGUGAAACACAAAAUUUUUCACCACACCAACCUGAACCAAAUAUUAAACCAAAUCAAAUCCAAAUGAAUGUUAUUAAAUAUAUAUCAUCCAAAAUCAUCAUUUAAAAGUCAAUUCUACCAUCAAACAUAAGAAAACAACUCAAAAUUUGCAUUUGAUUACUUUGCCUCACAUGUGAAUAAAAUGCAACUUUGCUAUUAGUUUUUGAAGUGCAAAGUAAGCCUUUCCGAGCUGGUGUGGUGA